AUGGGCAAGCUUUCCUUCUUGACAAACCCUGCUUCUGUUGCGGUCAUCGGCGCCUCCCCCAACGCCGGGAAAGUCGGGAACACGGUCGUGACAAACAUAAAGGAGUCCGGCUACACUGGGAAGGUCUAUCCCAUAAAUCCGACGGCCACUGAGAUCCUGGGGUACAAGACUUAUAAGAGCGUGCUUGAUGUCCCUGACAGCAUCGACGUCGUCAUUGUCGUUAUCCCCUCAAAGGCCGUCCUUGCUGCGGCAAAGGAGUGUGCUCAGAAGAAGGUUAAGAGCCUCGUCGUCAUCACCGCUGGCUUCAAGGAGAUUGGCGGCGAAGGUGUGCAGAUGGAGCAAGACCUCACCAAGAUUUGCAAGGACGCUGGGAUUCGUCUCGUCGGACCUAAUUGCCUCGGUAUUGUUACCCCGAACCUGAACUGCACCUUCGCUUCUGCCAAGCCGUCCAAGGGCAGCAUCGCUUUUCUCUCUCAGUCCGGUGCCAUGCUCACUUCCAUCCUUGAUUGGGCUCUGACCAAUGGAAUCGGCUUCUCCAACUUCAUCAGCCUUGGAAACAAGGCUGACGUGGAUGAAGUCGACCUCAUCAUGGAGGUCGCGGAGGACCCGAACACCGAUAUCAUCCUCCUUUACCUUGAGUCCAUCGUCGAUGGCAGGAAGUUCCUUGAGCAGAUCCCCACCUGCGUCCACAAGAAGCCUGUCAUCAUCUUGAAGUCCGGGACAUCGGCUGCCGGUGCCGCUGCCGCCUCAUCCCACACGGGGGCCCUGGCUGGGAACGAUAUCGCAUUCGACCUUGCCUUCGAGAAGGCUGGCGUCCUGCGUGCGGCAACCAUGUCUGACCUUUUUGACCUUGGCCGUCUCUUCGUCUCCCACCGCCUUCCGAAGGGUGACAACUUUGUCAUUGUCACAAAUGCGGGUGGCCCUGGAAUCGUCACGACUGAUGCCUUCGAGACUUACCACGUUGGGAUGGCAGCGCUUUCCGACAAGACAAAGGAGGCGCUUGCCAAGGUCCUUCCCGGCGAAGCUUCUGUGAAGAACCCUGUCGACAUUGUUGGCGACGCACCGCCUAAACGCUACGAAGAUGCGCUUGAGAUCUGCUUCAAGGAGCCCCCAGAGACCGUCGCCGGCGCCGUCAUCCUCGUCACUCCUCAGGGGCAGACCAAGCCUUGCGAGGUUGCCGAGCUAUGCACAAGGAUGUACGCCAAGUAUCCUGACAGGCUGGUCGUCAGCGCCUUCAUGGGCGGUCUCACGAUGCAGGAGCCAUCGAAGAUUCUGAAUAAUGCCAAGAUGCCUGUCUUCCCGUUCCCUGAGCCUGCAAUCCACGCGACUGGGGCCGUGCUCAAGUACAGGAAGAUCAAGAAUCGUAAGACCCUUGCUGAAAAGAAGGUUGAAGUCUUUAAGGUGGACAACGAGCGCAUCAAGAAGAUCAUCGCUGGCGCCCGCGCUGAUGGCCGCACGGUCCUGCUCUCCCACGAGACGUCUGAGAUCUUCACCCUCUAUGGCGUGAAUGCGCCCAAAACGAAGCUGGCAACCAACGAGGCAGAGGCUGCGACGUUCGCCAAGGAGGUCACGUUCCCUGUCGUUAUGAAGAUUGUCUCUCCCCAGAUCAUCCACAAGAGUGACUGCGGCGGUGUGAAGCUCAACAUAAAGACAGAGGCCGAGGCGACAGCCGCGUUCAAGGAGAUCAUGGCCAAUGCCGCGAAGAACGGACCCAAGGGUGCGGUUCUUAAGGGCGUCGAGAUCCAGCAGAUGGUCGACUUCUCCAAGUACCAAAAGACAACUGAGAUGAUUGUUGGUGUCAACCGCGAUCCCACAUGGGGCCCCAUGAUCAUGGUUGGCCAGGGUGGCAUCUAUGCUAAUUACAUCAAGGACGUCGCGUUCGAUUUGGCCUACAAGUAUGACAGAGAGGACGCAGAGGCGCAACUCAAGAAGACGAAGAUCUACGAGAUCCUCAACGGUGUGCGUGGCCAGCCUCGAAGCGACAUCAAGGGGCUUCUUGAUACGAUGGUCAAGCUUGCCCAGCUGGUCAACGACUUCUCUGAGAUCACAGAACUGGACAUGAACCCGCUUCUUGUCUUCGAGGAGCAGAAGGAGGGGAAGAACCCAGGCAUUGCAGCUGUUGACGUCAAGAUCACGCUCUCGCACUAA